UUUUCGUAUAGUAAACAAAAUCAGAUGGCAUUGACACCACUUCUGUUGAUAAAUAAAGAUUAACAAUUUUUUAAUAAAUAAUUAUAUUUUUUAUAUCAGCAGUUUUAAUCAUUAAAGCAUACUAGAAAUAUGUCACUUGGUUAUACAUUUCUAGGCUGUCCACUUUUAUUAAAUAUCGAUAAUAAAGAAAUUCUUUAUGAGAUUCUGAACUACUCGAUAGAUGUACUCCUUGGUAAUAGUGACGAGCACCAAAUGGAGAAACAUUGUCACAAGUACGGAUUCCAAAAUGUCCACGAUUUCAUGUUGCUGACGCGCAAGAUUGCCCGAGUCUACAGAUCUCACUACGAGAAUGAGAAUGCCACAGAAGCGGAAUUGCUUUAUGAAUUUAACAAUUUAAGUCCCGAAUUCCAGCGAUUGGUACCAGCUGUAUACGAGGCGCGUAAAUCAGAAAUUGGAAAGUAUAUGAUGCAGCUGCAUAAUGCUCAAGAUCAUCCAUUGGUAUUGUCAUUUGACUACGACGCACGUGUUGUACUCGGUGACAGUAGCUUCGCGCAAAAUUUUCGGGAAUUGGUCCGAAUAUAUUUCCACUGUUGUGAUGCAAAUGGUAAACUAAGUAAAUUGAGCUUUGAAAUGGAUCCAGGCAAAUUGAAUGAAUUUAUUGCUACUUUAGAAUUAUCUUUAGCCACAGAGAAAAAUAAAAUUUGUUAGGCAGAUUUCUAA